GCUUGAUUCUAUCUCCAGUGGGUCACCUUAAAAGCGCACAACAACGCAAGCGUACAGCGAGGUUUCAAUUUUUUUCUCUAAAGCCGGACUCGGGCCGCGGAUCGCAACAAGGUUGACGCACUGAGGCAAAAACGAACGAACGACCCCAACCAGGAGAAUGUCUGAACCCAUGUACCGCGAUUGGAUUUUGGACACUAUUGACUCACUGCGGUCGCGAAAAGCCAGACCAGACCUUGAAAGAAUUUGUCGAAUGGUCCGGAGACGACAUGGAUCAGCGCCAGAACAAACCAGCGAGGAACUCGAGAAACUGAUCCAAGAGCAAACAGUCUUGAAAGUUAACUAUAAGGGCUCGAUUUCCUAUCGAAAUGCUGCCAAAGUAGUCAGAAGAAGCAGGAAAAAGGAUGAUCACACGACCAAAAGAACUGCCGUGGAAGAAGCUAACCACUCUGAUUUGAGCAACGGAGACAGCGCGCUCGGUCCCCUUGACCAGGAUGAGACCGAGCAUUUGGAGAAUGAGCUGCCAGUGUCAAUGGAGACAGACAGCACCAUGGAAGAGGAGGAAGAACAGGAGGGGGCUGAUGAAGAUGGCCAUGAGGGCUCCUCUCCCUCUCCUGGGGGUGAGGAUGCUGUGCAGGGGAGGUCUGGUGCUGCCCCCCCCUACUCUGCCCCCUGCUCCCCCAGCGGCUCUCGCCCUGGCCACAGCCCUGUGUCUGACCGCCCCUCUACCUGCAAGACCAGUAAGAGGUCCAGCCCUCUGUCACCCUCUAGUCCCCUGGCCCUCAGGCAGAAUGACUGUGUGUGUGACUCUGCCUUCUGCCCUGCUGACCAUGGACCCCCAGGGAUGCAGAGAAACACAGGAACUGGGGCUUUAAAGACGAUAGUACAGCCAUCGGGGACCUGUCCCUGGGUUCAGAAGAGCUUGGUGAAGAGAGAGAGAGAGGAUGGGGUGAGGAUGGAGGAGAGUGGCCUCACUUCUGACCAACUGGUUCCUGACUGUGUGGAUGAGACCAUGAAGGGUUCUGACAGACAGCCUAAGACGUUGUCUUUUCCCUCUGACGACUGUGCUAAAUACAAGAAGGGGAUGGACGUGGCCUCUUACGUGAUGUCUCAAGACGAUGUCAAGAACGAUGUGAAAAACAGAGAAAUCUCUGUGAAGAAGGAGACGCAGAGGCAGAACCUAUUGCUGUGGAGCGUGGCGGACGUGGCCACCUACAUCUCUGCUGCAGGCUUUCCAGAGCAGGCUGUAGCUUUCAGAACACAGGAAAUUGAUGGAAAGUCCUUGCUCCUGAUGCAGCGCAGUGACGUGUUAACUGGCCUUUCCAUCAGACUUGGGCCCGCCCUAAAGAUCUACGAGCGCCACGUGAAGAUGCUGCAGAGGACCCACUUCCUGGAUGAGGAGGAUGAUCUCUGACCAUGGUUGGGGGGAACAGAACAACACACUCCUCUGAGGAGCAGAUGUAUUCAUACAGUAUACACACAUACUGUGUUCACUGGAUCUCUAGAACCUUCUGUAACCAUUCAAGGAGGUGUGGGGAAAAGGACACCGUGGUCAUGACUUGGGCCUUGACAGUGAUUAUCAACAUGUGUACGUGGGCUUCCAUUCCACCUCUCUGUGGUACUGCUGUCACCUGACCCAUUCUGGUGGUAUUGCUUUUAUAGGACCCCUCUCUAAACUCAUAUAGGAAUGUUAGGAUCCUGCCUAAUGACGCUAUAGAAGUCAAGUGGAGGUCUGCCUAUUCUGUAAGGGGAGGUCUGCCUGUUCUCUAAGGGGAGGUCUGCCUGUUCUCUAAGGGGAGGUCUGCCUGUUCUCUAAGGGGAGGUCUGCCUGUUCUCUAAGGGGAGGUCUGCCUGUUCUCUAAGGGGAGGUCUGCCUGUUCUCUAAGGGGAGGUCUGCCUGUUCUCUAAGGGGAGGUCUGCCUGUUCUCUAAGGGGAGGUCUGCCUGUUCUCUAAGGGGAGGUCUGCCUGUUCUCUAAGGGGAGGUCUGCCUGUUCUCUAAGGGGAGGUCUGCCUGUUCUGUAAGGGGUGGGUCAGUGAGUGCAGCCAGUGAGAGACUUUCUCUGGAUUCCUCAGACUCUACACUUGGCUACCACUGGAGCCUCCUUUAAAAGACUGGUUUCUGUGCUCCCUGAGUCAGUUCCACAAGAAAAUAAUAACAUGUAUACUUGGAAUAUCUGUUCCAGCAAAUAUGGUUCUAGCAUUUCUUCAAUGUUUACUCAGACAGUAUUUUUUUAAAGACAUGUCAUAUGGUACCCUCCAUUUAUCUAGAAACUUAACGUUGUUUUUCUUUUAUGAUGACAAUGUGAACUGAUUUAAUUUGAGAAUGUACAGUAUGAAUUUGUUGAUUCAUCAAAGGUCAGUGAUGUUGUCAAUCUCUCAUUAUACCAGGAAAUGGAGCUUAGUCUCCAGAUGUUCUCAUGGCUGCACCAGUACUGACCUAGGUUUUAUUAUUGUUAUCUGUUUCACUAACAUUUAGAAAUAGCAAUAUGUCGUACCUGCUAAACUAAGGCAACAUAAUAGGUUCUUUGUAUGGUUGCCUUCUGCAUUCCUCUUCCCUUAAUUUAUGUUCACGUAAUUUCUAAACAUUUUAGAUUAAUCUAAUUUCAUCUACUGUGGAUGAAGCUAGAUUUCAUCUACAAAAUUAAAACAGUUUGAAGCAGAAUUCUAGUUGAAAUGGGCUGGCAGACCAGAACCAACGUAGCUCAAGGCCCCAAUGUUUCUUCCUGCUUCAGUUUGAGGGGAGAGAAACAACUGAAUUAUGGUCUUUUUUUAAGGGAAAAUUAUCCAACCAAAAAAUUAACUUCAUAACUUUAGGAAGUGUCAUUGUAGCACUAAUAUGUUUUCUUUGUUUACAACCUCAACACAGCAACACAAUUCCCCACGACAUGGUAGACAUCUUGAUCAAAUUCAACAUUGUUGUUAUCUGAGAGGAUUACAAUGAGGUCUCUUAAUUUUGCCUUGUGGCUUCUGCUUUUGAAACAACGUCACAUUCCAUAUUUCCAUCUGUUACGUGUUUGAUGUCACACUGUUAAUUGCAAUGUUGGCCCUGUUUCCAGGGGGGGAAAUGAAGUUAUUGUCUUUUCCACUCUUGUAGUGUGAUAUGUAUUA